CUGCUGGGCCUCAGUUUUCUAUCUAUAAAGUGGGGAAAUUAUUUCCAGGGUAUGGCUGGUCGUGAAGAUGAACUUGGGCCACGUGUGUAAAGCCACAGAUGGUGGACGCUCACUCAGCAGGUGUCGCCUUCUAGGAAUGCUGCUGCCUGUGCCUCCCAGCUCAGGCUGGGCUGGCCAAGGAGGCUGCUUUUUGCUAAGUGCCCGAGGGUUUUCUAGGAGAAGGUGGCACAGAGGCUCACCUGUGUCUGCUCUUCCAGGGGACGACCGCUUUGGAAGACGCGUUGUCACGUUCAGCUGCUGCCGGAUGCCACCCUCCCAUGAGCUGGACCACCAGCGGCUGCUGGAGUAUUUGAAGUACACGCUGGACCAGUACGUCGAGAACGAUUAUACCAUCGUCUAUUUCCACUACGGGCUGAACAGCCGGAACAAGCCGUCCCUGGGCUGGCUCCAGAGCGCAUACAAGGAGUUCGACAGGAAAUACAAGAAGAACUUGAAGGCCCUCUACGUGGUGCACCCCACCAGCUUCAUCAAGGUCCUGUGGAACAUCUUCAAGCCGCUCAUCAGUCACAAGUUUGGGAAAAAAGUCACCUAUUUCAACUACCUGAGCGAGCUACAUGAACACCUUAAAUACGACCAGCUGAUAAUCCCUCCCGAAGUUCUGCGGUAUGAUGAGAAGCUCCAGAGCCUGCACGAGGGCCGGACGCCGCCUCCCACCAAGACGCCGCCCCCGCGGCCCCCGCUGCCCACCCAGCAGUUUGGCGUCAGUCUGCAAUACCUCAAAGACAAAAAUCAAGGCGAACUCAUCCCCCCCGUGCUGAGGUUCACGGUGACAUACCUGAGAGAGAAAGGCCUGCGCACCGAGGGCCUGUUCCGGAGAUCCGCCAGCGUGCAGACCGUCCGCGAGAUCCAGAGGCUCUACAACCAAGGGAAGCCCGUGAACUUUGACGACUACGGGGACAUUCACAUCCCUGCGGUGAUCCUGAAGACCUUCCUGCGAGAGCUGCCGCAGCCGCUUCUGACCUUCCAGGCCUACGAGCAGAUUCUCGGGAUCACCUGUGUGGAGAGCAGCCUGCGCGUCACCUGCUGCCGCCAGAUCCUACGGAGCCUUCCAGAGCACAACUACGUUGUCCUCCGUUACCUGAUGGGCUUCCUGCACGCGGUGUCCCAGGAGAGCAUCUUCAACAAAAUGAACAGCUCUAACCUGGCCUGUGUCUUUGGGCUGAAUUUGGUCUGGCCAUCCCAGGGGUCCUCGUCCCUGAGUGCCCUUGUGCCCCUCAACCUGUUCACAGAGCUGCUGAUCGAGUACUAUGAAAAGAUAUUCAGCGCCCCGGAGGCAUCUGGGGAGCACAGCCUGGCACCGCAGAAACAGGGGAGCAGGGCAGCCCCUUUGCAGGAGGCUGUGCCACGGACACCAGCCACCGGCCUCACCACGCCUACCCUACCUCCGAGUCCCCUGACGGUGGCCAGAAAACGUCUCUAGUGUUGCAAACAUUCUGUGUAUUUCAAGCUACCUCCCACCCCUGUCUGUGCACUUGUGUGUUUUGUAAACCUGCCAUCUGUAAAAAUAACCCGGCCUUAGAUGAACUCACAACCUUCUAAUGAAAACUCCAUGCCUCUAGUCUCUGGUCUCCUCCAUGACUCCUCCAUGGUUCCUGAGCUGUGGACCGGGCUAGA